ACCUGCAACAGUUGGAUUAAGGGUGAUCCCAGAGGCGAGCAUGCAUCCAAAAAACCUUUCCUAAAUGGCUCGUAGAAUAUUCUAAAUCUCUCGUUUGAUCCAUAUGAGUUACGUAGUUGCCUAGAGAAGAAAAUGUUUAAAGGAUUAUGAAGUUUUGCACGAUAAACUACCAUUACCUGCUAAGUUGCUAAAUGCUAGCGUUCAGCAACAGUCCAGAGACAUCUAACUGUGAAGGAACUUUUGCCAAUGUAAGAUGAAUUUCUCUGAAGUCUUCAAGCAGUCCAACCAGCUUUGCAAAGUUUCCCCAGAUGGAAAAUAUUUGGCUACCUGCGUACAGUACAGGCUAGUGGUGCGUGAUAUUAGCACCCUGCAGAUCCUGCAGCUGUACACCUGUCUGGAUCAGAUAUCCCACAUGGAGUGGUCUUCUGACUCUCUUUUUAUCCUCUGUGCGAUGUACAAGAGAGGACUGGUACAGGUGUGGUCUCUUGAGCAGCUGGACUGGCACUGUAAGAUCGAUGAGGGUUCAAUAGGACUAGUCUCCUCGCGCUGGAGUCCAGACGGACGUCACAUUCUCAACACCACCGAGUUCCACCUGAGAAUUACCGUCUGGUCCCUGUGUACCAAAGCUGUCUCCUACAUCAAGUAUCCCAAAGCAUGUCAAAAGGGACUGGACUUCAGCAGAGACGGCUGCUACAUGGCCCUGGCUGAACGCCGCGACUGCAAAGACUACAUCAGCAUAUUUGUGUGUGAUGACUGGCAUUUACUCAGGCAUUUUGAAACUGAGACGCAGGACCUCGCUGGAGUGGAGUGGUCUCCUAACGGCUGCGUGCUGGCGGUGUGGGAGAACUGUCUAGAAUACAAGGUGUUACUUUAUUCUUUGGACGGGCGGUUGCUGUCAACCUACGGUGCCUACGAGUGGUCACUAGGGGUCAAGUCUAUGUCCUGGAGCCCGAGCAGUCAGUUCCUGGCCAUUGGUAGUUAUGAUGAAAAAGUUCGCAUCCUCAAUCACAUCACAUGGAAAAAAAUCCUUCAAUUUGAGCACCCGGCAACCAUUGAUAACACAAAGGCUACUAUAUAUAAGGAAGUGGAAAAAAGGACAGCCAUGGCCAGCGAUGAAAUGUCUCUUCACAACAUCACGAUGGGCACGUCUUUCUUCAACAGCCAGAGCAAAUAUGAGAUCUGUUUGCUGCCCGUCCAAAUUCCUGUGGUCAAACCGGACCCAGACCGAGCCAACCCCAAGAUCGGCGUCUCCGUUUUGGCGUUCAGCUCAGACAGCCGUUAUCUUGCCACCAAAAAUGACAACAUGGCCACUGCUGUCUGGGUGUGGGACAUGCAGAAGAUGGGCCUGGAGGCCGUGCUGGAGCAGACACUGGCCGUGCGUUGCUUUCAAUGGGAUCCCCGACGCCCCCGACUGGCCAUGUGUACCGGCAACAGCAAACUCUAUCUUUGGUCCCCAGGAGGCUGCGUUUGUGUUCAAGUCCCCGUGGAAGGUAACUUUCAAGUGCAGUCCUUAACCUGGCACUCCAGUGGGGACUCUCUGAUCCUUGUUGGAAAGGAACAGCUUUGUUUGUGCUAUAUGGAGCACGACCAGGAAGACAAGUGAAGCACACAUUCCUCAAAAGAGCAGUUGUUAAACUUCAACUUUAAGACGCCACACAACUGAACUUGGACCAGUGGUAACACUGCUGAAAAUAUUGUACCUGUAUGCUGGAUUGAAGCUGCUCGCCAGGCUGUUGAAGCUCCCAGUGCAGGUUACUGGGAUUUCUUCUUUUUUACUUGAAACAACAUUCUUACAAGUAACUCUCUUCUAAAUAAAUAAGUCGAUACUAAAGCACUAGACACUGUGAGAAAAUGUUUGCAAUUUUUUAUAGAGAUGUUGUAUUUAGUUUAACUAU